GUGCCCCGGCCUUGGGGCGGCCCUGCACCCCCGGGCCUGGUGCCGACCCCGGGAGCGGGACCUUGCGGCUUGAGGCUGUUUCUGUUCAGCCUCGCUCGUGUCCCACAGCUGUAGCGUCUGUCGGGAGGGACCUGUAUUAUGGGGGUCUAAUACACUUGAGGAGUGACAUAACGGGCAAGGGGAGAUUUCCCGCAGGUGUUUUUUGCCUGAAAGCUAAAGCUCUAGGAAACCCUCCUCACAUGAGUGUUGGUGAAAAUGGGGGAUUCAAGGGAUAUCUGUCCUCACCUGGAUUCCAUAGGAGAGGUGACCAGGGAUGAACUGCUGCUCAAAUCCAAGGGAACUUGCCAGUCUUGUGGAGCUGUGGGACCAAACCUCUGGGCUUGUCUUCAGAUUGGUUGUCCUUAUGUUGGUUGUGGGGAGUCCUCUGCUGACCACAGCACACUUCAUGCACAGGCCAAGAAGCACAACCUGACGGUGAACCUGACCACGUUCCGUGUGUGGUGCUAUGCCUGUGAGAAGGAGGUGUUCCUGGAGCAGUGCCUGGCAGCUCAGCCACCCUCACCCCCCAGCAGGUUCCCUGAGCCGGAUUCUCCUUUGCCUGCUCACCCUCUGAAAGCUGUUCCCAUUGCAGUGGCUGAUGAAGGCGAAUCUGAAUCAGAGGAUGAUGAUUUGAAACCAAGAGGCCUUACUGGAAUGAAAAAUCUUGGGAACUCCUGCUACAUGAAUGCAGCACUUCAGGCUCUCUCAAACUGCCCACCUCUCACACAGUUUUUCCUGGAAUGUGGUGGACUGGUCCGGACGGAUAAGAAACCUGCCCUGUGCAAAAGUUACCAGAAGUUGGUGUCUGAGGUUUGGCACAAGAAACGCCCAAGUUAUGUUGUUCCAAGCAGUCUAUCCCAUGGAAUCAAGCUUGUCAAUCCCAUGUUCCGAGGCUAUGCACAGCAGGACACCCAGGAGUUCCUGCGAUGCCUGAUGGAUCAGCUCCAUGAGGAACUGAAGGAACCUGUUGUUGCAGAGACGAGGGACUUGGACACCAGUGACCAGGAGGACAAGCGGGAGGGCGACCGAAGCCCUUCGGAGGAUGAGUUCCUUUCCUGUGACUCCAGCAGUGACCGGGGUGAAGGAGAGGGCCAGAGUCGGACCUCAGGGAGCAUGGGCAGCAGCUCCCUGGCAGAGACAGAGCUGCUGAUCCAGGAUGAAGCAGGGAGAGGGAUCUCAGAAAAAGAGAGGAUGAAGGACAGAAAGUUCUCCUGCGGCCAUCGGCGCAGCAACUCGGAGCAGGUGGAUGAGGAUGCAGAUGUUGAUACUACGAUGAUGCCAGUCGACGGCAGAGCCUCACCUGAGAUGCUGCCAGCUCCCUGUCCUGCCAGCCCAUGUAGGACACCAGAACCCGACAAUGAUGCCUAUGUGCGCUGCUCCUCACGCCCUUGCAGUCCAGUCCAUCAUGAAAUGCACUCCAAGCUCUCCAGCAGUCCUCCCCGCUCCAGUCCUGCCAGGCUUGGACCUUCCUACAUACUCAAGAAAGCCCAGAUGCAGGCCUCUGGGAAAAAGAAGAAAGAGCUCCGUUACCGCAGUGUGAUUUCUGACAUCUUCGACGGCUCCAUCCUCAGCCUGGUGCAGUGCCUCACCUGCGACAGAGUUUCUACAACAGUGGAGACGUUCCAGGACCUGUCACUCCCAAUCCCAGGGAAAGAAGACUUGGCCAAGCUGCACUCUGCCAUCUACCAAAAUGUGCCAGCCAAGACAGGGGCAUGUGGGGACAACUAUGCCUCACAGGGCUGGAUUGCUUUCAUCAUGGAGUACAUCCGGAGAUUUGUGGUGUCCUGUAUCCCUAGCUGGUUUUGGGGUCCCGUGGUGACACUGGAGGAUUGCCUUGCUGCCUUUUUUGCAGCAGAUGAGUUGAAGGGGGACAACAUGUACAGCUGUGAACGGUGUAAGAAGCUGCGGAAUGGAGUAAAGUACUGCAAAGUCCUCCGGCUCCCUGAGAUCCUUUGCAUCCACUUGAAACGGUUCCGGCACGAGGUGAUGUAUUCCUUCAAGAUCAACAGCCACGUCUCCUUCCCCUUGGAAGGGCUGGAUCUGCGACCCUUCCUGGCCAAGGAGUGCGUGUCCCAGAUCACCACCUACGACCUCCUGUCAGUCAUCUGUCACCACGGCACGGCUGGCAGUGGCCACUACAUUGCCUACUGCCAGAACGUGAUCAAUGGCCAGUGGUACGAGUUCGAUGACCAGUACGUCACCGAGGUUCACGAGACUGUGGUGCAGAAUGCAGAAGCCUAUGUGCUGUUCUACAGGAAAAGCAGCGAGGAGGCGGUGCGAGAGCGUCAGAAGGUCGUGUCCCUGGCCAGCAUGAAGGAGCACAGUUUGCUCCAGUUCUACAUCUCUCGAGAGUGGCUCAAUAAAUUCAACACCUUUGCUGAGCCUGGGCCCAUCACCAACCACACCUUUCUGUGCUCCCAUGGAGGGAUUCCUCCUAAUAAAUACCAUUACAUUGAUGACCUGGUUGUGAUUCUGCCCCAAAAUGUGUGGGAAUAUCUCUACAACAGGUUUGGGGGUGGCCCUGCUGUGAACCAUCUGUACGUGUGCUCCAUCUGCCAAGUGGAGAUCGAAGCCCUCGCCAAGCGCAGGAGGAUCGAAAUCGACACCUUCAUCAAGCUGAACAAGGCUUUCCAGGCAGAGGAGUCUCCAAGUGUCAUCUACUGUAUCAGCAUGCAGUGGUUCCGGGAGUGGGAGGCCUUUGUCAAGGGCAAGGAUAAUGAGCCCCCUGGACCAAUUGACAACACCAAGAUUGCCCUCACGAAACCAGGUGGCCACGUGCAAGUCAAGCAGGGUGCUGACUACGGGCAGAUCUCCGAGGAGACCUGGGUUUAUUUAAGCACCCUGUACGGAGGGGGCCCCGAGAUUGCCAUCAGACAGAACGUGGCCCAGGUGCAGGAACUGGAAAACCUCCACGGGGAGCAGAAGAUUGAAGCAGAGACACGUGCAGUGUGACCUGUGCAGCUGGGGCAGGGCAGGGACAGCACAGGUACCUCUGUGGGGGACGGGAGGCUGGGAAUCCUGAGGGGUCGAAAUCCUCCCUAGUCUGGGACAAGGUGUGUGCAGCUCCCCCACCACUCCCGGGGCAGGCAGGCUUCCUCCUCCUCCUCCUCCUCCUUUCAUGUGGCUCUGAGCACGGGGUGGUGCUGGGAGAGGCUGGCACAAAGCUGCACCUCACCUCUGGCUGAAGCCGUGCUCUGAGGCUGCAGCCACAGUCACAGGGUUGUCCUGACCUGAGCCCUCUCCCUUUCCUUUGCUACACCAAACCAGCACUCCCAGCUUGUCCCCAGUGCACUGAGUUCUGCUCCUUUGCAGGUUUUGCUUUUGGCACUUCUCUUUUUAAUUCAAACAUGUAAAGAUAAUGAAACAUUAUUUAUGUUUUCAGCAGGCAGUGUUGCAACCAGAGAAACCUGGUUUUGAGUCUGAGUAAAGCCACGAGGUCUCCUGUGGUUUUGUGCUGGUGGUGUUGUCACAACUUCCUAGUUUUGCUCUUUAUUCAGUUGCAGUCAACUAAGAAAUUUGGAAAGCAGCUAUUCCCUUCUCCUUUCACUCUCAAACCCACACCUUCGUGGUCCUGCAGAAUUUUAUUUUCUCCUUGUGUCUGAUCUCCUGUGUUCAGUUUUUGGACAACAAGGCUGGAAGGUUCCUCCUUCCCAAAGCCUUCCUCAGACUGGCCCUGGCACGAGCCUGUGUCUGUCUCCCCUCAGCUGGUGAGGAGCUGGGGGGGUGAAGCUGGGGAGGGGCCCCUUUGUUCACAGAGCCCCUCCAGAGGGGGCACCCAGGGCUGGGGAGGGGGCCUGGCUGAGCAGGGCCCAGGCUGGUGAAGCUUUUUAGGAACAAACUCUUUCUGCAAACAAGCCCCACCUGUGUGCUGAGGUCAUUCCAGAUGUCCUUUGUGGGUACAGUGGCUCAUUUAAUCCGUUUGCUCCCAGAUCUGCUGCCACCAAUGCAGCAGAGGCAGGAAUGAGGGCAAAAAAGGCCAAACUCCACUUUUCUCAGCAGGGCUAUUCUUACCAUGCUUUUUGUUCUUGCAGCAAGGCAAGAGCUUAAUCUUUAAUUAGUUUAAUGGAGGCAGUUUAAUGGAGACAGAGCUGCCUCCAGGCCCUGAGGAGCCAAACUCUGUUCGUGGUGUGGGUGAUGCCACAGCACCAAAUCUGGCCUGAGUGGUGCCAGACACUGCAUGGAGCUGGGACAUCCUGAGCUCCUCAGGAGAAAUGGGAAGGAAGGAAAGGCUGCUCCUUGACUUAGAGAUAGAAGAAUUUGAGAAGAAAAAUGUGGCCUUCAUGUUAUUUUUUUUCUUUUUUUUUUUUUUUCUUCAGAUCAAGUAUUUGUUGCAUAAAGCAACUUCUUUAAAAGUUGUCUAUAAUUGAUUCAGCAUGUUAAUUUUACAAUUCUGUUCAUGGGAUGCUUGUUUAGACCCAGCCAGACUGUAGGGGAGGUCAGAGAAUGAGCCACUGUUGAGAUUCUCAUUGUUCCAAGCUGUCUUUAUUCCCCAGUGCAGCAGCCCUGGGAUCUGCUGCAGAGCCUGCAGGGCUGCAUGUCUGUGUUGUCUGUGUUCCAGAGGGUGCUGUACAGACUGUAGUGACACUCCUGUGCUUCAGUGUUAGACCUUGUGCUAAAAGUGGUACAAUAAAUACAUGUGCAUUCAACAAGGCCUGCCUUGCCUGCUGAGAGGGGCUGACAGCUCCCGGGAGCAGGGUGGGGAAGGAAGAAAAAUUUUAAAAAAAUUAAAUAUAAAAUAAAAUCCAAACUUCCUGCUGA